AACUUUUUUCUUUUUCUUCCAGGUUCUUCCCAGUUGAUGUUCAAUGCAACCAAGUCUGUUGAAUCAAGCAUUUGUAAUACAACGGUCAUGCUACCUUGCAUCGUGAAUAAUCUAGAACUAAAAAGGACGGAGAGGAUGUUUAUUAAAUGGAAACUGGGACAAGAACUCGUUUUCGCUUAUGAGGGAAUUAAAAGAUACAGCCACAGAACCAAGGAUUUUCCAUCUGCUAUGUUAGCAUUUGAGGACCGUUUACCUCAGGGCAUAGCCUCUUUGAAAUUAUCAAGGACUGAGGCACCUGCAGGAAACUACACUUGUGAAGUGACAGAAUCGAAUAGGGAAGGAGAAACUAUAAUUGAACUUACAUACCGUCAAGAAAACACAUGCAAGUCAGACCCCCAAAAUAACAAAAACACAAGCAGCUUAGACCCCCAAAAUAACAAAAACACAAGCAGCUUAGACCCCCAAAAUAACAAGUCCUGGUUUACAUCAUUAGAAAAUAUUCUGAUAAUUUUCUUCCUGGUCUUGGCUAUUCUAUCUUAUUGGAUUCACUUAGGCAUUACUGUAUCAAAAUUUGAAACUGCAUUUUGGAAGAAGAGAUUGUUAUUUAUUGGAGGAGUCGUCAUCACAGUCCUUGCUCUUAUUGGUUUUAUUCUUUUAGUUCCAGGUGGUUUUGGGCCAAAAAAUCAAGCUGGACUUAGCUUAAUUGUACUUCCUUCUGUGAUUUUAGUGCCACUUCAGUACUUUCUGCUUCAAAUAGUGUCUGGAAGCAAGUUAUCACGGUUUGACAUUUUUCUGCUAGUUGUGGAAUCACUUGGUUAUGUAAUUGCCCUCAUCGGAUUUGCCCUGUGCAUAACAGCAUGCCCUCCAAAAAAUGGUAGUGUUGUGAUUAUUGGCUUAGUCAUUAUUGCUUUUGUGGAAGUUGCUGGCCUGAUUUUGGGGAUUGUCGGCUAUACCAAGAAAGACCAUCAACCUUCAAUGAAAUCUGUGGAAGAGCCACUUAAUGGCUAACCUGUGAGAGUGACAGAAUCUGCUACUGAGAUGGUAAUAUGUGAAAAGAAAUACAUUUGUUUAUACACCAUGGCCUUUGAUGAUGCACUAUUCAAAGAGAAGAAAAUCAGGAACGUAGCUGUUUUGCAUGUUUGGAAAAAAUGAUUUACAUGUAAUUCUAUAAUCACAGCGGCUGUAGUUCCAUUCAAAAGAGAGAUUUUUUUUUUUCCUGGUGUAUGUGUAUGGGGGGAGAGCAGAAGGCACUGUUUAUCAACCACACAACUUCUUGAUAAGGUCACCAUUAGUGAUACCUUUUCCAAAAACUAUCAGUCAGUUUUGAAACUGGGCCAGGUCAGUGACCAAACGAUACUAGUACUAUGCUACUGGACCAAUGCUUUGUGAUAAUUUAAACAAAUCAGUAUCGUAUGAAAUAUGUCACCGUUUCUUUCCUGACUCACCCUCACAUUUAAAAGAUCUACUAUGAAGUUUAUAUGACACAGGCUGUAAUUACAUUUAGAUUAUUGGGAUUUUUUUGUGUGCAUAGGCAAACGGUGUUCAUGCCUCUAUUGUAUGUCUAGGAAGCGGCUGUUGUACAAAUGUUACUUUUUCCACUUUGUAUUAUAGAAAACAGUGGCACUUACCACACUGAAACAAACUGCGUAAACAAAACCUUGACUUUUUUAAUGAGUACCCAAGUUCCUUCCAUUCUCACGUACUAAAAUAAUCUCCCUGUGUAUAUAUAGUAGUUGUGUGAUAUUUUAAUUGUUUUUUGUGACUCUCUUUGUAGUCUUUGAAAUACUAUUCAGCCCUGAGUUAAUCAGCCCUACAGUUGUCGAGCACAUCACCCAUUCAUUGAUUUCAUUGUUGAACAUGGCUCUUAAUAUCCAUAUUUUACAGUCUAUGGUACUGAAACCAGUCUCAGGCUUUCUCCUUUACAACCUAGAAUUUCAGCUUGCUGAGAAAUAAUUUAAAAAAGCUGAGCAUUUAAGAGUUAGCAGCAUUUUAAAUUUACUUUCUCAUUUUGUCCCUUAUUCCCAAGAAUACAUGCAUAAAAACGUGAGCUAUGUUAGCAUCAUGGGAUCCUGCUACUUAUGCCUUAAUUGAAAUUUGUCAUCCUAGCUUUGUGAUAUUGUCAUUAAUUAUGUCAUAGACAGAAGACUCUUUCAGGCAGGGAUAAGUAAAUUGAGGUUCUGAACAUAUUCAAGUUUUACAGAUAAAAAAUGUAUUAAAACCUAAUUAUAAUCACUUCUACAUGUGUAGUCUGUGAGGCCUUGCCUGCUCUUUUCAUAGCUAUACUUUGAGGGUUCCCCCACUGCAACUAGUAAGCAGCUUUCUGCUUUAACAGAUUUUUGUUUAAAAACCCUUUUACAUUUCCUGUUGUUGUGACUGUAGCAAUCCAGGGCUAUGCUACAGUUUGAUACAGAGAUCUUGUUUUACAUAGAACUAACUUUAGAGUCUGAUCCCAGAGCCUUUAUUCACAUAGGCCCUGUGAGAGGACUAUACACUUCAGUUAACCCAAGCUACACUCUUACAGAAGUUAAUGGGAUAUGCACAUGUAUAAGUGUUAAGUGUAAACUUGAAUCUGCUUUGUAUGGUCCUACUCAAUAUUGCCUUAUUUCUUUAACGGUAUAUGGUUUUUGGAAUGUGGUUUAUCAUUAGGGUAUUUGUAUGGAUUUCAAUUCUGUAUGUCUUAUUUAAGCCUUCUCUGUCAUAGCAGCCAUCAAAAUAGUCCAGGUAAGAUGUGAGAGACAGUAUGGCUCAUUAAUAAGAGGCAAUUCAGGGAUUUCCAUGAUAUUUUUGCAUGGGGUGCCUCAUUUGUACAUAUUUAGUUAUUGAUACUUUCUAGUAGUAUACAGCAGCUCCAGGCAGUAACAAGCUUUGAAAUUUCAUUUUUCCUUACACUUAAUAUAGCUUUAUAAUUAACUCUCAGCAAAUUGAAGUUUAGCAGCCACUCUUGUGCUGAAGACAAAUCCUUUUAAUAAAAUACUACCAAAAAAAUCAGUAGGAUUGAAUUCUGUACCAUGGUACCAUGUGCUUGUCUCUUAAUCAUACUGCUGUAUGCAAAGGCUCUCCUUUUGGUUUCUCUUGGGCACCAAUUAAAAAGUGUUAGUUAAUUUUAAAUUACUGGAGGGAAGAUGACAUUAAAUGACUAAUUCCAGUAUAUAUAAAAUAAGAUUCUUGUUAUUUGACAUUUUAGAUAUCUGCAAUCUUUACCCACGUGUGUUUAUUUAUGAAAUAUAACUUUAUAAAUAUUGUGCUAUUAUACUUAAUAAAACCACAUUAAACUGUU